AUGCACACACUGACGCACGCAUACAAACAAACACGCGUACACGCAUCUGCUGCUCUCUCUCUUCUUCCGAAUCGCGCAGAGGCAUCGCGAAAUUAUCCAGUUGCCAAGUUGACGCCUCGCGUGCUGCUGCGUGUCUGCAUGCGUGUGUGAUACCGUGUGUCUGUGUUCGUGCCUAUAUAAGCGCCAAAACGAGUGUCUUCUGUAAAUAUAUAUAUAUAUAUAAAUUAUAUAUCUGUAUCUAUAUAAAUCGUGUUACACGCGCACGAGUCAGCACAGCGUAGUAAAACUCAUUGUUUAUUUGGGCAUCGUCGUCGUCGGAGCAGAGAGACAGAACAUCCUCUGUUUUUAGUGUUUCCUGCCUGCAGCACCCCCGCGUCAUCGUCUUCGUCGUCGUUGCCAACGAGGCCGUCCUGUCACGCGGGAAUCGAGAGAGUCAACGUGCGAUCGUUGCUGUUUACAACAAACAGAUACAGCCCAUAGAAUAAAAAUGGAGAGCAUCUUUCACGAAAAGCAAGAGGGCUACCUGUGUGCCCAGCACUGUCUGAAUGCCCUGCUCCAAGGACAGUACUUCGAUGCCGUCCACCUGUCUGAGAUUGCCAGCCAGCUGGACGCCGAAGAAAGACGAGCCAUGGCUGAGAGUGGAGAAGAUACAGAUGAUUACAGAAGGUUCAUUGAGCAACCUUCUGGUAACAUGGACGACAGUGGAUACUUCUCAGUUCAAGUUAUAAGCAAGGCACUGGAAAUAUAUAAUCUUGAACUGAUUCCUUACACUAGUCACUCAGAAGAACAAGCUGAGAGAGCAAGGGAUGAUCCAUCGCAAAUGAAAGCAUACAUUUGCAACUACAAAGGUCAUUGGUUUACCAUCAGAAAGCUUGGAAAGCAAUGGUUUAAUCUCAAUUCUAUGCAGUCUGGACCACAGCUUAUUUCUGAUACAUAUCUUACAUUGUAUUUAUCACAAUUGAUAAAUGAUGGUUAUUCUAUAUUUAUUGUUAAUGGAAACUUACCAGCUUGUGAAGCUGAUGAAGUCCUCAGAAAAAACCCAGUAACGGUGUCAAGGUCCAAGGCUACCUCAACCACCUCAGCAGCACCUUCAAAACCAACUAGUUUCUCAUCCACAGGCUACAGAUUGGGUACUCGAGCUGAAGAUGACGCAAAAAUAAUGGAGGCGGCUGCAGCAUUGACUUCUGUUGUUGUACCCUCCACAUCCAAUUCCAGAACUCGCAGUAGGCCAGAUAUUGAAAUAAUUUCAGAAAACAUUAAACGACCACGCGAAAGAAUAAUACCCAUCAAAAUAGAGGGCCGCGAAGAAAUAGAAAUUAACGAGGAUGACGACGACGAUGAACUGCAGAGAGCUUUACAAUUAAGUUUACAAAAUUUCGAACAGGAAGAAAGAAGCAAUCCUGCCCAAAGUUCAACGGCACCACAGUGCUCGGGUAUGGACGACGCCGAGGAAGACGAUGACUUGAGACGUGCGCUGCAGUUGAGUCUCGAAUGCGUGACAGCCCCACCAACGCCGGAUCAGGAACACGUUCGUUGGAAAAGGCUUAAUCAUCUCACGAGGAACUCCUCGAGCGACAGCUCGGCUAAGCUGUCUAAUUUAUAACGCUGUCCCAAUUGAUCGUUUGUUGAAAAAUUCAAAUUUUUAUUAUGUGAAUAACAAAUUUUUUUGCAUGUGUAAUGUGAAAAAAAGUAUAAUUGUUGUUACUUGUGUUACUUCUCUUUUUGAUCUUGAAAUAAUGAUGGUUAAGAGUUAUUACGGAACAUGACACCGACGUGCUGUCGGAUUUCAAAAUCAAAGAACUCAGUUUUCGCCAUGAAUCACAUUUACGAUGUUGAAAAAGUUGAAAUUAAUGUUAACCACAUCAAUAUAAAUCUAUAUUAUUCGUAAUUUCUUUAAAUCUGUACAAUGUAAAGUGUAUUUUUCUUCGAGCAGCUCUGCUUAUGCCUCGAUUUUUUAAAUGAUUUUAUCAUUAUAAUAUUUUUAACAGUUCAAAUUACUAACUUAGGCACUUGUACAUUUGAGAGAAUGAAAAAAAAAAUUGAAUAAAGUAUUUUUUCAGUUCGUACAAUCUCACAAA